GAAACGGUUAUUGUUAUUAAUUUUUCGGCCGACUUUUUGACUCGCGCUCCCUUUAAAAAGAGCAACAACAAACGAAUCAAACCAUUUGUCACCUCAGUUGAAGCAAUGAGGCCCUAAGAUGGACACCAAGCACUGGAAGCCAUCGUUAAAGGUAAUCGCACUGAUCCUCACAUUUUGGAUCGCAUGGGUCCAGGGACAAAGCGAUUCUUCGCCGGUUGCAGUGGGCGAAAGCCAGGAGUUGGCCGAUAAGCCAGAAGUGAAUGUCGUUGCUACGACGUACACCCUUGGCUUUAGCCUUUCUGAUGAAACGGAAUAUUCCAUCGAUGCAGUCACUUGUCGCAAUGGAUCCGGAACGGAGACGAAGGCCAACGAGGAUAACGUGUGCGAGAGCCUAACUGCUUGCACUUUUUAUACCUGCGUGGUUUCGUUCCGAUCAAAUGUGCUGGCCAAACCGAAACCCUCGGACCAAACGAUUUAUGCCUACACCGAAUAUAAACAGCCAAGGACCACUGUGACCUCGGUGGUGCCCACUUCGAACACCAUCGAGGUGAGAUGGAGAACCACCGACCGCGCCUGCGUGGAGUCCUUCCUGAUCUCGGCGAAAUCGGAUGAGAACUCCUACGAAAUCCAGCAGCUGAGUGAGAACAGCGUCUGCAUCUUCACGGGCCUAAGGGCCUGCGUGGCCUACACGGUCACCCUGGAGACGAAGAACAACGCCAGUGUGGUGGUGGAUCAGGACACCAGCGAGGUGGACACCCUGUACGCGGAGCCUGGAGACCUCGCCAUGAACGUUUCGAAUCUGUCCAGCGGAAUCACGAUCGUCACCUGGGGCGAUCCCAAUGAGAAGAACUGCAUCAGCAACUAUGUGUUCAAGUGGCGUCGUGAUGAUUGUGGAAAUAAUCAAGAUGAGGACACCACCACCACCGAAGAGCCCAGUACUGAAACGACGAACGAUAUGGACUAUGUUACUGGUUCCACAAUCGAAACGACCACCUCCGAACAGUCGGACAAUGAAGUUGAGUGCGAGUGGACCGAUGUCUCCUCGGACGGCAAGCUAAGGGAAUACCUUUUAACCGAUCUUCAAGGAUGCGAGCUGCACACAUUCCAAGUAUUUAUCAACGAGAACAAAACGGCCAAGGCUUCGCAGCAAUUCACAUCCGCAGAAAAGACUUCCAGUGCUGUUUAUGAACCCAGUCCCACAGCUGACUCCACUAAACUGUUGUGGACUUGGUCGGCGCCCCAAAAUCAUCCCAAGUGUGUGGCCAACUACAGUGUUAUGUUGACGGGACCCACUCAGCGAGAGGAAAACAAAACCUUGGAGACUGUUACAGAGGAAAUGUUCGCGACUUUCGAGGACCUAGAUCCUUGUGGCAUCUACGUGGUGGAGAUUGUGCCCACUCAGUUGAAUGGAAGUUCUGGAGCUAAGUUCCAGCAACAGUGCACCGUUGGCGAAGAUCAGCCCACCCAGAUCCUGGAUCCCGAGGUGGAUCCCAGUGCCUACUCAAUGGUGGUCAGUUGGAGCAAGCCUGCGUACGCCGAUCUCUGCAUCGAUGGCUACCGACUGUCGGGUUGGAUGGAGGACGAAAAGCUGGUCGAGGUGGAGGCCCUCAGUGUCACCACCCAAAACACGACCGUAACAUUUGACAAGAAUCUUCUGGCCUGUCAGGUCUACAUUAUCCAGAUCAUCCCGUACACCAGGGAAAGACUCGAUGGUGAACUGAGGAAAAUCGAAGUGGAGACCAGAGCCGCUAUAGUGGAUUCCACUAAGGUUAAACUGGAACCAAAGCAAGCUGGCUCCGAGUUUCUGGAACUAACUGCCUUCAAUGCAGACUACAAUAACACUUGUCCCACGAUCUUUGCGCUCUUUAGUUGCAAUGCCACCACUGACGUCCGCAAUCCUUAUGCUGAGCGAUAUGUAGAGGGUCAUAGCAAGCAAGGCUUCAAUGCGAGUCUCAGUCCACUUUCGCCAUACACCACAUACGUAUGCAAGGUGAUACUGUACAACGUGGCUGGCCCAUCAAAUGCUCAAACUCUGGCUGGUGUACAGACCUCGACUUACUUUCCCGAAGAGCCGACAGAAGUGGUGGCGGGUGAUAAAAGCGAUAGCAGCUUGGUCUUUGGCUGGCAUCCGCCAGCCUUCUCGAACGGACCCAUCAAGUACUACCAGGCCUUCCUGAUGCGCCACGAGGCCAGCUACUUUGUGCCCGAGGACUGUGCCGAGGUCGUCCAGGACACCAAGUCGGAGACCAAGGGCGAUGUAUUCGUCAACUUUACGGGUCUGGCCCCGGCGGUGAGUUACAUGAUGCAGGUUGCCGCUCAGAACGACUUCGGAAUGGGCAAAUACACCGAUCCCGUAAUUGGAACCACGCUGCCAGCAGUGUCCGACAACGUGACCCAGUUGACCGUAAAGUCGGAGGGUCCGGAGAACAACAACAACGAGUACGGGGCCAAUGUGACCAUCACAUGGAAGGUGCCCUGCAAGUCGAACGGCGACAUUGAGUAUUUCCAACUGGGUUUCACCGGCCAGCGGAAGAAUUAUUCAUCCGUGGAAUUCCAGCGGAGGGUGCAGUUGGACCCGGGGAACCGACAGGGUCGGAUGUCCUACACGGAAACGGAAAUGCUGCCGCAGUACGACUACACGGUUCAGGUGGCUGUGAAGAAUCGCGAUGUGGAGCAGCUCAGUGGAAGUGUGUCAGGAUCUUGGCAAUCUCCAGCUGGAUUACCCGUUGCUCCGAGUGAGGAACUCAUUAAGCAAAUGCGUGCCAAUGUCGACGAGACAACGAGUCCCACGAAAACGGCAGUCGUUCGCCUUCCGGCGGACAUAAUGACUUCCGAAUCGGGAGACAUAAAGUAUAUGGCGCUACUAUUGUCGCAGAAAGUUUGCGCUGGUCUUCCCGCCCUUAAAUUCGAUGUUGGCGCUGAUUGGCCUCCGGUUUACUCCUAUCAAACUGCAGGAGCAGAUGGCACAGGGGAUUGCUCACUGCAAUACCAAACCACGGAGGAGCAUUGGCAUCCAGAGCCCGUCCAAUUGACCAGAAGGAGCUCGGACGUGAACACAAGCUCCGACCAGGAGAUAGUUUUCACCAUUGGGGUGGACAAGUGCUCCGAGACCAAGAAGGUGUAUUGCAAUGGUCCUCUGAUCCCGGACACGGAUUACUACGUGGUGGUGCGACUCUUCACCGCUUCCGGUUACAGCGAUGCUGCUGUGCUGAACUUCAGAACGAAGGCGGCCAUCAAGGUGACCCUGAUCCUGGUGAGCGUUUGCAGUUGUCUGCUCCUAGCCUUUGUCUUCGGAUUGGCUGUGCUGUGGGUGCGAAAGCGGUUGGCCUGGAAACGUGACUCCGGCCAGGGCAUCGAGGACCCUUUUGGCAAUGUGAUCGCCAAGAACUUCGCCAUCUUUUACGCAGAGGUGGCCAAGCCGGAGAAGCUGGCACGGGAGUUCAAGGAGAUCACAGUGGUGGCCUUGGAGUUGAGUUAUUCCGCCUCCGAAUUGGGCUGCCACAAAAAUCGCUAUGCGGACAUAUAUCCUUACGACAAGAACCGCGUGAUUUUGGACAUUGAUGCUGAGGGAUCGGACUACAUUAAUGCCUCUUUUAUAGAUGGUCAUACCCGAAAAAAGGAGUACAUAGCCACACAAGGGCCAAAACCAGAGAGCGUGAUGGACUUUUGGCGCAUGGUGUUGCAGUACAAUGUCCGGAUUAUUGUUCAAGUCACUCAGUUUCGAGAGGGCAACACAAUCAAGUGCCAUGAGUAUUAUCCCUACACCAUGCGAGGAUUGACAGUUACUGUCAAGUCGAAGGAGGUCUUCGACCUGUACGAUCGUACAGAAUUGACAGUGGUCCAUGACAAGUACGGCCUGAAGGAGAAGGUUAUCCAUUUCUACUUCAAGAAGUGGCCCGAUCACGGAGUUCCCGAGGAUCCCAUGCACUUGAUUACGCUCGUUAAGAAGGUGAAGGCGGAAAAAAGACCCAGUUACUCGCCCAUCGUUGUGCAUUGCAGUGCGGGAGUGGGUAGAACGGGCACAUUUAUAGGUUUGGAUUUGAUUAUGCAACGACUGAAGAGCGAGUCGAAAAUUAAUAUUUUCGAGACGGUCAAAAAGCUGCGCUUUCAGCGCAUGAAGAUGGUCCAAACGCAGCAGCAGUACACGUUCCUCUACGCCUGCACCUAUGAGCUGGUGAAGCACAAGAUUCCCAGAGCCGCCUUGAAAAUGGAGGGUCGCCCGAAAUCCGUGACCGCUCCUGCCAUUUCCGCUCCCAAAAAGGUGAGCUUUCCCGACGUGGAUGUCGGGAGUGGGGAUGGCCUCGUCAACUCCAAUCCGAUGUCUGACCUGGAGAACGGUGUGCCCACCCUGCAACUGCCGGCCAGGUUUUCGGGCCUGCGGAGAAGUAGUCCUCCGGAUGAAGACAAUGGUCCUUCCACGAGCAGCAACAUGUAGCAGCUGUGUAUUUAUUGUAUUUGUUGCGGACGAGCUAAACUUAAUAGCACAAAUAGCCAAAGAAAAUAUGUGUCUAAAACAUAUCUAAUGCGUUGCAAGUGAUGUUUACCUAAAAAUUGUAUAUGAAAAACCUUUUUUUGUACAUAUAUAUUUUAUUUAUAAAGAAGUGCAUGUGUCAACGAGAAAA